AUGCUGUCCUCAAAAAAAGUGGUUGCACAGCCACCAACAGGACCACCUCAUCCGCCUUCUAACAGGAGCCAUCCGUAUAAAAACUGCAAUACUUCCAUAUCCAUUGGUGAUAUUGUUACUGUGUAUGAUGCCCGUGAAAGUGUUGUUCAAUGGCCAAAACACUUGGUGGUCCUUGUCGGAAAUGGGCGAACGAGAUUGGAUGCAUUUGAUGAAUUUGUUAAGAGAGCAAAAGAAGUGUUCAGAAGCAGGGCUGCGAUCAAAGUUGAGUUGCAUCGCGAUGUGUUUGGUCAAACUGUAGAUGUGCCUAUACAUAUGGCACUAGAAGAUAUUGAGUUUGUUUGCACGUCUCAGAAACUUACGAACAAUGCUAUAGUCUUAUUCAUCCGAUUUUUGUAUGAAAAAUUGGAUGGCGAUGCACGCAAAACCAAGUUCGGAUUUAUGAAUCCAGCGGCAGUUCACUUUUCAGUCAAUAAAACAGAACUCGUGAAAAGUGUAUUAAAUAGACUGAAAGAUUCAGUGCCGAGUCGAAAAUACAUAUUUAUUCCUUGUAAUACAGGAAUUCAUUGGGUACUAAUUGUAUUUUUCGAUGGGGUAUUUUAUUACUUAAAUUCGUUGGAUGAGAAGUGUAGAUACAAACUAGAGGAGCAAAUGAGCACUGUUUCAAAAGCUUUAAGAAAAUUAGGUGUCAAGCGAUCUGAAGAGAAAGUAUUCUGGGUGGACGUGAAGCACAACCCUAAACAAAAAGGAGAUUGGGAGUGUGGAUUUUUUGUGAUGCUAUAUAUGAAGCACAUUAUAGAAAGUUAUGACACUUCAAUGAGGAACCCUAAGGAGAUGUUUAAGUCGGGGAUGAACUAUGGUACGACAGAAAUUGAUGAAAUCAAAAGGGAGUGGAUGGAUUAUAUUUCACCAAUUCUUGAGAAAAAAGGGAAAGAAAGAAAACAGGAUGACUGCUCAAAACAGAUCAAAGAGGGUACAAUUGUCUGUGAAGCUAAUACAGAUGCCCUUGUAAAUAUUUUGGGUGCAGAACGUCCUGGAGAGUAA